GUUUUCGAGUGCCUCAUCUCCAUCUUCAGAUCAACUACUUCAUCCAAUCUUCCUCAUCCUCAGAACCAUUUCAACUUUCUCAAUUGAACCUCAUCAAAUUCAGGACAGCUCUUUGUCAAAAUGAAGCUGUCUCUCCUCGCUCUCGCCGCCGCCGCUCCGGCCGUCAUUGCCGCCCCUGCCCCCAAGGCCGAGGCUGCCCCAGCCCCAGUCCCAGGCUAUGGCAACUAUGGGAAAUACCCACCACCGGCAGGCGGCUAUGGAAGCUACCCACCUCCCAAGGGCGGAUACGGAAAAUACGGCAAAUAUGGCAGCUACGGUGCCUACAAGCGCGCUUCCGAUUGGGUCAAGUCGUGGUUCUAAACCAGUCACUUGGAGGAACGCUCUGGAAGAGGGACUAUAAACCAAGUGAUGGCCCUUCAGAUUAGGCCUAAGAUGGAGGAGUAAUAGGGGGAAUAUUCAAGAUUGGCGUUGGGCUGGGAUGCACAUACACGCUCAUUUACGCCAUGAAGACAGCGAUGGAAUCGAUAUAUAAUCAAACAUAAGCCAACUGGCUAGGAAACAAAUAAUCACUAUCCUUAAUUUUAUUGAUAACACUUGUUUUCAAUUUGAACUUGAUUGACACUGCA